UUUCGUCGUGAAAGGUGUGGGGCCAGUGUCCUGACACGAGUGCCCUGGGCCUGCAGCUCCUCCGUCUCAGGCGACGUCGGAGGCAGAGCUCCAGUCCUCGAUCGUCUGCUCGCUGCUCCGGCGGGAGGACGAAGAGGAGCGGCGGGGUUGGGGGUGCUCCCGCCUGCCCGCCCGCCGGCCAGCCAGUACCCUAUGGCAGCAGCUUCCCUACUAUGCCAUGUUAUUGCUAGAUCCGCCCCUGCUGGCCGGAGCCGCCGCUGCCUCCUCCACUCCGACCCCCACACCGCGCACCCCCUCCUCGUCGCCUUCUCCCGCCUCUGCGCCCACGGCCCGCUCCGCGACGCGCUCGCGCUGCUCCCGGACCUCGCCGCGGCCGGGCUCACAGCGGACCCCGUCGCCGUCUCCCGCCUCAUCAAGCUCUGCGUCCGCCACGGCACACCCAGCGAUGGCCGCCUCAUCCACCGCCACGUUUUCGGCGGCGGCGAUGUGGCGGCGCCCUCCUGCAGCAGCCUCUUUGUCUCCAACUCCCUCGUCUCCUUGUACGCCAAGUUCGGCCUGCUCGACGACGCACUCAGGCUGUUCGACGGAAUGCCGCACAAGAAUGUCGUGUCCUGGACGACCGUCGUCGCUGCGCUGGCCAAUGCCCGCGGGAGGAAGGAGGACGCGCUGCGGCUUUUUGUGGCCAUGCUCAGGGACGGAGUGGCUCCCAACAUGUACACUUUCUCGUCCAUUCUGGGUGCUUGCAGCACGCCCAGGGUGCUCGCGGCGAUGCACGGGAGCAUCGUUAAGGUUGGGUUGGAUUCGGAUGUGUUUGUGCGGAGCUCCUUGAUUGAUGCGUAUAUGAAGUUUGGAGAUUUGGACGGUGGGCGUCGUGUCUUUGACGAGAUGGUAACACGUGAUUUGAUCGUGUGGAAUUCGAUCAUUGCAGGAUUCGCGCAGAGCGGGGAUGGUGUCGGGGCGAUAGAGCUUUUUAUGAGGAUGAAGGAGGCUGGGUUCUUGUCCAACCAGGGAACCUUGACCAGUGUUCUCCGGGCAUGCACUGGUUUGGUCACACUUGAGGUGGGGAGGCAGGUUCAUGCUCAUGUUCUCAAGUAUGACAAGGACCUGAUUUUGCAUAAUGCACUUCUUGACAUGUAUUGCAAGUGCGGUAGCCUGCAGGAUGCAGAUGCCUUGUUUGGCAGGAUGCCUCAGAGGGACGUGAUCUCUUGGAGUACCAUGAUCUCUGGUUUGGCACAGAAUGGGAGAAGCAUUGAGGCAUUGAAGGUUUUUGACAUGAUGAAAUCUGAAGGGCCUAGACCAAACCACAUAACUAUGGUUGGAGUUCUCUUUGCAUGCAGCCACGCCGGUCUAGUGGAAGAUGGUUGGUACUACUUUAGUUCAAUGGAGAAACUCUUCGGUAUUCAACCUGAGAGAGAACACUGCAACUGCAUGGUCGAUCUACUUGGUCGGGCAGGGAAGCUUGAUGAUGCUGUGAAGUUCAUCCAUGAGAUGAACUUUCAGCCGGACUCAGUUAUAUGGAGGACUCUUCUUGGGGCUUGCAGGAUGCACAAAAACGCCGAUCUUGCAGCAUAUGCAGCAAAAGAGAUCCUUAGACUGGAGCCUGACGACCAAGGUGCCCGCAUAUUAUUGUCAAACACGUAUGCUGAUUUGCGACAAUGGGCAGAUGCUGAGAAGUCGUGGAAGAUGAUGAGAGACAGAGGGGUAAAGAAAGAUCCUGGGCGAAGCUGGAUCGAGCUGGGUAAGCAGGUCCAUGUUUUCAUUGCUGGUGACUUGUCUCACCCAUGUUCAGAGAGUAUAAUUCAAGAGCUGAGCCGACUUUUCAGCAGGGUCACAAACCUCGGUUAUACCCCCCAGACAGAGUUUGUGUUGCAGGAUCUGGCAACUGAGCAGAAGGAAGAUCUAUUGAAAUAUCAUAGUGAGAAGCUGGCAAUAGCAUUUGGAACGAUGAACGCGAUGGAAGGGAAGCCCAUAAGGAUCAUGAAGAACCUCAGGAUCUGUGGUGACUGUCAUGCAUUUGCGAAGCUCGUCUCCAAGAGCGAAGGCAAGGUGAUCAUCAUCAGGGACCCUGUUCGUUUCCACCAUUUCCAGGAUGGAGUUUGCUCCUGCAAUGAUUACUGGUAGGGAUGACCGGCACUGUCCCCCAUUCGCAAGGUGCAACGAAGGUUAGCAGUGAGUAGUGACCACAUCAAAGGUCUGAUUUGAAAAUGUCUCCAAAAAUGUCCUGUCCGUGUGCUAUUGGCUGGAUGCACAUACAUGUCAGCAUACAGCACUGGACAACAUGUACGGUUGUACAUGUUACUCCUAUCACAUCAACUCCAUAUGUUCUCCUACAGCUGAUCCUGAGCCACAUCUAGAUUUCAGUGGAAGUCUGAAAGAGGAGCGUGAGAAAGAAAGAGCUAAGCUAGUCGAAAGGAGGAAAAAGAACAAGGACGGAAUGCAAAAAAAGGGAGAGGAGAAAGAGAAAGGCAGGAAUAGAAACCGCAGCCAUAGAAAAGAGAAGGCCUGCUGGCCAGCCUUCUUCCCCCCUCUUCCAGCUCAUCCAAGCCAGCAGUUGUCAAUCAUUUUCCCCCCGACUUG